CACCUGCCCUCUACAUUAAGAAGCUGGCAUUUGUAGGGAAGCAACCCAGUUUUCAUCAAUCUAAUAGAAAUAUACUGUAAUUCCGAUCCGUUACUCCAUGCCCCGGUGAAAAAGGAAUAGAAAAGCCAUGUCUUUUUUACAAAUAAACGCUCCAGUCAGAACUCUUGCAAUUGCCACUUCCGCGCUGGUGCUUGUAACCUCUGGAUCAAUGGCGUACAAAGCUCUUGCAGAGUACGGAUGGAAGGGAAUACUCAACAUAAUUUGGGAAGGUGAUCCCUUCCCGAAUCUUCGAAUCCAUUUGAACAUAUUGCGCGACAUUGAAGCAUCUUUUGAGCAGGAGAUUCACGCAAUUGCUUCACUUGAAGAAGCUUUGGAACGCGCGCGUCUGGACAGCGUUGAUAGUGGAGAUAAGGCAUUGGUCGUUCGCUUAUGGCAAUCAAAUAUACCGCAGACAGAUUUAAGAAAAAAGCUUGCUUUUUUAAGCGAUACUCUUGAUAAGUUAGCUUUCAAGGUUGAUCAGGUCCCGGCUGAGAUUAAAUGUAAUAUAAGGCAACGAAAGAAGAAACUCUCGCUUCAGGCUGUUGACCUGAUGGAGAGAACUGAUACCCUUAUUAAUCUCUUCAAACAGGCAGCCUCUGAGUAAAGUUAUGCUGUGUUUCGCCAACUUCUAUCAUUUUCACAUUCCCAGAGAUGGUGACCUUUUUCUCAAAAUUCUUCGAUGCAAUUUUCCAUCUUCUGAAAAAGGUAAAUGCUUAGGCAAGAGCCUUCCUUGAUCUUUUUCGUACUCUCGACGAAUAAUUUCCCGCUGGAUUCCAAAAAGCCAAGCU